AUGGGAGGCACCGAGUUGAUUGCACAGCCAGACUAUAAGUUGUCGAAAGCUCAAGUCUACGUUAACUUUGCGGUGGCGGUGACUAAAAGACGAAGAGUCUGCGCAUCCUAUCUGCUGUCGAGCAUGUUGGCGCGCCAAGUAUCGACGAGCUUCCAACAUGGGUGCCUGACUGCUGCGCCUGGUGGGGAUGAUUUGGAUGUGAAUCCUAAGAUCGUGCGCAGCAAUGUCUUGCGCGUGCGAGGGUUCAUGAUGGAGGACACAGGCUUCGCCUUUUCUGAGAUCAUGGAUCAGAAUCAGUUAAUAGUAACGAGCCUCGAGACGGAGCUGCAAAAGAAAAUACCCUUUCUAAUGGACCAUCUCCGAAACAUCGUCGUCUCAUCAGACACCGUCGAAUCUCCCACCGAAUAA